GUCUUCCUGUGACUCGUAGGCUGGUGCAAUAAAACACAGAUGAUGGAGAGGAAUGACUGUUUGCUUUUAGUGGAUGAUGGAUAUACAGGCCCUAUUCGCUUCAAAAGAAAUGACCCUCGUCCUGAGCAUUCACAAGGUGGCGGAAAUGACAAAAAAUCCAGUAACCAAACUGACCGUGCCUCUAUAUUAUCAUUGGACACAACGAAAACUGGAGUAUGUUAUUUAGGAAAUUUAAGUGAAGAUUAUAACAUCACGAUCAAGAAAGAUGGCCAGUCAUAUCACAUAUACCUGUUGAAGAAGAAUCCUCAAGUUAACGGUCCAUUCCUAUGUUUCGUACCUGGAAAUUGCAGUGUCAACAGUUCUGGACAACCAGGAGAAGGUGCUAUCCAAUUAAAUUCUCCCAAAACACAGUUCAAGUUCAGUGAAACUCUUUGCAAAAAUCACACAGAAAAUGAAAUUAUUAUAUAUAAUAUAUCUUUCAUUGCAAACAAAAAAGGAAAUGAAUCAACAUGUUUGUCCAUGGAUAAGGAAACAUAUGUGACCUGCAAAAACCCUGUAGAAGAACCUAAAUUACAUUUAGAAGUGAAAGACACCAUCAUUGUUUCUGCAAAUGGUGAAGUAGAUGCAACUGCUGCCAUGAAGGCCAUGAAGAGUCUUCCCUCACUUCUUAACAAUAUGAGGAAUGAAGAUUCUGCACGUAUCACCAUGGGACCCAUCAAAGGGAUCCUGAAGAAACAAGACAAGAAAGCUGAAUCAGAAUUUAAAGAGGUCUCUUUUGGGCUCACUACAAACUCUGAUAUACAAGUCAUAGGAGACAUUACUGCACUGGAGCAUACCUUUCCUGGAUUAAUUUCAAUCCCAAAGGAAGCAUUUGAAAAAGCCAAUUUGUCAAGUAGCAAUGAGCCAUUUGCUGCUGUUUUCAGAUUCCCAAAUUUGACAAAGGAUGCAAACAACAGCAAACUUUUAAACUCUGAGGCCAUUGCGAUUGAAAUGGCAGCUGAGAUAAAAAAUCUCACGGAUGUGAUAAAAAUGACAUUUAUAAAAGUUCAGGAUGACGUCAAGAUGUCUUGCCGUUCUUGGAAUGGUGAAGGGAAUGUACCAGUCUGGACAACAGAUGGGUGUUACACCUUUGAGAGUAAUGAUACUGUCUCCUGCCAGUGUACGCACUUGACAUUCUUCGCUAUUCUAAUGGUCAGUCCUGGGCUGACCAUCAGCAGCUCGGACUUGACAUCUCUAACGUACAUCACCUACAUUGGCUGUGGAAUGUCAAUGUUCUUCUUGGGUGUUGCUCUUUUCAUGCACUUCCUGUUAAGGAGAGCCAAGGCCAAUUAUGCCACCCUGAUCCUCAUGAACCUCUUCAUAGCCAUGUUCCUACUGAACCUCUUCUUCCUGUCCAAUGAGGGGGUGGCAAAUCUGGGGAACCCCAUCGGCUGCAAGAUAUUGGCAGCAGCCAUGCACUACUCCAUGUUGUCCACGUUCACCUGGUUUGCUGUCGAGGCCUUCCAUCUUUGCUUUCAUUUGAUCAAGUCUUCCCACAUCACCAUCAAGCACUACAUCCUCAAAGUUUGCAUUGCUGGAUGGGCACUUCCCUGCGUGGUGAUGAUCAUCCUCUUCUGUCUUGGAAAAUAUGGGUCCUUAACCAUAAACUCUGGCGAUACAUCUGUGAAUAUGUGCUGGAUCACUGACAGUACAGUGCAUUAUGUUGUGAACAUCAGCUACUAUGCAAUAGUCUUCCUCUUCACCUUCACCGUCUUCAUCGUUAUCAUGACAAGGCUGACACACGCGUGGAGGGUGGACACAGGUGCGUCCAAAAGAGGCACAGGGGGCCCGAAGAACAUAUACUCCAUCCUGGGACUGUGCUGCCUGCUGGGAAUCACCUGGGGUUUCGCCUUCUUUAGCCACGGGCCCCUUCGGAUACCAUCCUUCUAUAUUUUCACCAUCCUCAACUCUUUUCAGGGCUUCUACUUGUUCCUGUAUUAUUACAACACAAACAAGAUUGCUGGAGAGGAACAGACUUCCAGCUCCUCAACACAAAUUUCAAGUAUCUUCAAGACCUCCAUGCACACAGUUAACCCUUAUUUAAGCUAAAGUGCCAAACACAAGUCCUGAGAUGUGCCUACAUAGCCAAAAGGUUUGGAUUUCUACAGAACCAGAUGUCGGACUCACCUCACCUUGUUGAUGUAUCCAUUAGACACCAAAUUGGCAUUUUAUGAUGGAGGGCCAUGAUCCCAUGGGAAGCACAUGGAAUACCUUUGUUGAAAGCAAACUAUUGGAAAUAGGCUGCGUGCAAAAGGCACACAGGAGGAGUCCAGACUGCAUAAAAUGCAGGCCAAUCUAUCAGCCUGUCAACUAUGGCUACUUUAAAAGUGCAGUUCACCCUAAAAUGAAAUUAAGGUUAGCCUGUGUCCACUUACCCAGAGUACCAUUUAUCUAGAUAGUAAUUUAAAGUGUUUUUAGAAUCAACUGCAGCUCACCCACAUUAAACAGACCUCAAGGGACCUAUAUUUUUUGGUGCACAAUGCACUGAAAAUUUACAUUAAAAAAAAAAUAAAAAAAAAACUCAACAGAAACAUGUCUUUCCAAAUAUAAUGCCAGUUACUCAUAUAAUUGGUAAGGAGUUGGUCUUGUAACCUAAAGGUCACAGGUUCGAUUCCCCCGUAGGACACUGCCAUUGUACCCUUGAGCAAGGUACUUAACCUGCAAUGCUUCAGUGUAUAUCCAACUGUACAACUGGAUACACUGUGAAAAAUGCUAUGUAAAAAAAUGUUGUGCAAGUCGCUCCGGAUAAGAGAGUCUGCUACAUACCUGUAAUAUAAUGUAUAUCCGAGCAAAGUCUUGUGCAGGUGGACCAUAAAACUUGAGUGGUAGUGGCGACAGAAUGUGACUGUCGUAGUUUAAAUUUAGGCUAGCACAGUGUAGGCAAAUUACUUUAUUAAAGCACAUAACAGUCUGGAAAUGCACAUCUGAGAUUUAACAGGUGUUUUGUUCUGCAAUGACGUUACACUAGUUAAUAUUUCAACUAUAAUUUCAAAAUGGGUUAACUGCCCCUUAAUGUACUAAAAGAAGUUGUGGCAUUUUGCCAACUGCAUACAACCCAGUAUUCAGGAAGACAAUUUGUAAAUAAUUCUGCGUUCACAUGAUCACGGCAGACAAACUAAAUUGUAAAAAAAACAAAAGCAAGGACCAAUAUCAUCAUCAAUCAUCAUCAACUCUCAAACAAGAGCAAAUAUCAUACAAACAGUACAAUAGUAAAGUGUAUGCUUAUUUUCAAUAUAUGCAAGGCCAAUUUCCAUAAGGCAUACUGUUAAAACUAUUUGUUUAUCACAGUUUAUUCACUGAGUUGGAUUUAUAGCGUAUUAUUUAAGCAAAAACAAGAUGUACUCUGUAUAUCCAACAUGUGGGUGCAAGUUAUUUUAUAGUUUUGGAACACGCUUUCUUCAAUUUUCUGUAAAAUUCUGUUUACAAAGCUAAAUAAAACUAUUGCAAUGAACUGGACCAACUGAAGGACUGGGAGGUAUUAGGGAGACAGGUGAGGCAGCAACCAGGGAAAUCACAAGGUAUUCGGGAGUGCACUUGCACAUUUAAUGUGAGCUUGGGCGAAGAUAGCAACUAUACAAAGCUUCAAAGUUCUUUAUGGGAUGCUACACACUGAUGCCAUUCAAUGGAGUCUUUUAUAGGAAGUCUA